AUGCUGGCAAGCAGGACGGCGGGGGCCCCCGGCCCCCGUCCGUCGCCACUCGCCGCGGCGCCGCCAUCACUGAUGGCAGGCAGCCCGCGCCGCCCGGCCCAAGUCCUGCCACAGCGCGUCACCCUGGUUGUCCUGCUGACUGCGCUCGUGGCUGCCGCCCUGGUUGUACCAGUGGCGCGGGGCCAGCCGGCUUCAUGGAUUUGGAACAUGCAGGGUUCAUACGACUCAGACCCCCUGUGGAAUGACUUGUUUGGGAGCGGCUACGACGUGUGGCAGCCCGACAACACGACCAGCUGGCGGGAGAACGUGCACUGGGCCGCGCCGGGCGUGGGGCCGCAGCUGCAGUGGUGGAACAGCCGCACACCGAAUCUCACCCAAGCCGGCGCCGGCCAGGCGCGCAGGACAGCCCAGGCAGCCUGCUCGCUAAAGUUUGCCCAGGUUGGUUUCAUCACCGCGAGCGCCACCGCCGGCAGGGCCACACCCUCCACCUGGGUUAUCACGUCGGACGUGGACAGCAGCACAGGCGCGCAGCUGGGCGGCUGCAGCGCGCGCGUUGGCGACCUGGCGCGGUACGGCUCUUACAGCUGGACGUGCACGGGUGGCGCCUACGUGGCAGCAGCGACAAACGGCCCCUCGACUGGCGUCACGCUGACGGUGCUUAACUCUGGGAGCUACAGCUGCACCUCAGGAGCGACAUGCCUGCUGACCUUCUCAGGCACCAGGACCAGCCCGGCGUCAUCAGUCCCGUUUGCCGAGGACUUCAACCCGGCGUCUUACGCUGAAGCGAACUCCAAGCUUUGGAUCGCGUGCACGGCGGCGGGCGGCGGCGCGGCUGCGCCGUCCAGCAAUGCGGCGCAGGGGGCGGAGGUUGUCGCGCUCGGCGGGUUCUCCAGCGGGGGCUCCAGCCCCUACACCAACACGACGGCCGGCCGCGCGGCGCUGCCGAUGGGCCUGUGCUACUGGGCGCCGGGUAACUACGCAUCACGCGGGCUGGGCGGGCGCUGCGCGGUCCCCUGCAUCCAGUACCUAGGGUUUGAGGAGGCGUGGUGGCGCAACGCCUCGCUGUCGGGCGGCUUCUGCCCCUGCCACUCUCAGGCCAACAAGGCCUGGUUUGGCAACAGCACUGCGCCGGGCAAGGCGUUUUAUGGCAGCCGCACGGCAGCUACCGGGUUGCCCGAGGACCUGUGGGCUGCGUACUGGGAGUCUGAGCGCGACUUUGCUCUGGGCACAAAUGUGUCAGGGCAGCCGGUAGCCCCGGCCCAGUUUUACCGCCUCCAGCCAGCGUUCCAGGGGACGCAGACGGCAGGUCCCACAGCCAAUACGACAUUCCAGGUCAUGCAAGAGUUCUGGAGGCGUAACUUUGGUCACGAGCGGUGGCCAUUCGUGCACGAACACAGGAGGCGCUUCACCGAGGUCGGCGCCUGCCCCUACCCGGGCUGGAAUGCGGACGCCAGCACGCGCCCCGCCUGGAAGGACACCUGGUCGCGGUGGGACCUGACAUGCGAUGCGCGCGACUGGUCGGGUCAGCGGUGGCUCAGCAGGUCCGCGCCCGCGAAAUUGGCCAACAAGGCCAACGGCGACUGGCAGCUGCCGCGUGAUGCCGCCACGACGCUCUGGGAAGCUGUCGCCUCGGACCAGUUCAACCCCUGCAGCUGGCCGUUUGUUGAGUGCGAUCCGUCCUGCCAACCGAACGGCGACAACAACAUCAUUCGUGGCAUCGACUGGAAGAACAUGAGCCUCUACGCCCAGGCGGACCGCAUGAACUUCAGUGCCUUUCAGCGCCUCAUCCCCGGCACCAGUGACACCUACGGGUCCAAAGUCUGGUACUUGAAUCUGAACUACAACAUGAUUGGUGGCGAGCUCAACGGGCCCUACUCGGCCCUGCGCAACCUCCCCGACAUCUUCCCCAACCUGCGCCACCUUGGGCUGGCGCACUGCAGCGCGGGACUGUCCGAGGACGACGUGAACCCCGGCAAGAAGUACUCGCAGCUCGGCUGGCUGCAGAUGUACCGGCCUGAGUGCGAUUCCGCCAACGCCACCGACACGCGCGGCUGCUGGUGCGCCAGGUCAGACUGGGACGACCCGACGGGCGACGGCUAUGUCUACAGGCUGACGGGGUUCAUCCCGAUCGAGUGGACGGGGGCGAACCAGGCCGGCGGGGACGAGCGCACGGUCUACAGCGAGCCCUUUGGGCAGAACCUGAACGCCGCGUGCGUGCCCAAGUAUUACAACCAAAUAGAGACCAUCGAUGACAGCAAAUACCGGAAGGAACCGCCUAACAGGUACACCGACCCCGCUGCCUGGACUGACGGCUAUGAUGAGAAGAUCUGGACCAACUUCUGCGGCGCCGUAGACCACGGAUGCCUCGACCAUCAGGGGGCUUGGAACCCUGAUUUCGAUGCAUACGACAUGGUGUACCCCUACUCAACAAGCUACGACAGGAUGGCCGACUCAUACACCGAUGAUUACGGCUACACACACACCUCCCGCCUGAUGAACUACAUUUUUUCGAACUGCUCCUACGACAUCUACGCCACUGGGACACCGACAAAGCCGGCGCCAGACCCGGCAUGGAAAAACACGCUUAUGAGCAUCAACCUUGCAGGGCACGCGUUGACCAACACAGACCCCUCGCCCUUGGAGGCCCUCUUCUCCUUCCCAAACCUGCGGUAUGUCCGGCUGCCUGCGGGCAUCACCGUGGACUUCAGCCAAGUAAAGCAGAUCUCCGGCGCGUCGGUCUUUGACUCGCCGUUCGCAGACAACACGAACGCAUGGGUCCGCAGGUCAUGGCCAGACUGGUUUAUCCGAGCCAAGCCAAAGGACAAUCUUGUCAUCACCGUGGGCGCACCCCAGCCGACCAGCAGCGGGAGCGGCGGCACCGGCAGCGGCAGCUCGACCGGGGUGGUUGUGACAGCCGUAAACGACACAUACACCGGCAAUUUCAACUCCCCAUACAGCCCGGGCGCCGGCGCCCUCGUGCUUGCGAAUGACCUGCCCAGUGGCGCCAGCACAUUCGUCGUAGGGCGGUUGACAAGCCCGACCGGCGGCGCCGGGAGCGUGACAGUGGAUUCGACCGGCAACUUCACAUUUAUCCCUACGAAUGGCUGGUCAGGGACCACGGUUUGGUCAUACAACAUGACAUCCGAUAGCACCAGCUUCUCCGCAGGCUACGUGAGCAUCACAGUCGCGCCAGCAACCCCAGUAGCCACAGGGGAUGCCUACUCCUGCCCGUUCAACGCGUCCUGCUCCGUCGGCGCGGCUGCUGGCGUGCUCGCCAACGAUGCCAGCGCCAACGCGGGCGCCGCUUUGGCCGCCAGCCUCGCAGCGCAGCCGUCCAGCGGCAGCGUUGCGCUGGCUGCAAACGGCUCGUUUGUCUACACACCACAACAGAGCUUCAAUGGCAGCGUGACGUUCACAUACAGGCUCUCCGACGGCGUCAGCCCCACCACGCCCAGCGCCACAGUGACGAUCAGAGUCGCCAACCCCCCAGACCCACCGGCCGUCGCGGCCAACGACAGCUACACCGCCACGUUCAACGCGGCGUUCAGCCCGGGCGCGGGCGCGUCGCUGCUGGCAAACGACCAGCCGGCGGUGGGCACUGCGGUGGUCGGACUGGUGUCAGCGCCGACCGCCGGCGCCGGCACCGUGACCGUCUCGUCCAACGGCAACUUCACCUUCACACCAACGGCUGGCUGGUCGGGCACCACCCAGUGGUCCUACAACAUCUCAUCAGGCGUCCCCGCGACGUUUUCCACCGGCUACGUGACCAUCACGAUAGCCCCAGCCAGCCCACAGCCCGCGGCUGACGCCUACUUUUGCCCUUUCAACGCGGCGUGCACCGUCAACGCCACCGCCGGCGUGCUGGCCAACGACGCCAGCGCCAACGCGGGCGGCAGCCUGUCCGCAACGUUGGUGUCCCAGCCGGCGCACGGCGCCGUGUCCCUGGCGGCGGGCGGCUCGUUCGUCUUCACCCCACAGGCGUAA